AAAUAGAAGAAUUAGGCAUUGAUAGUAUGUGGUUAAUCAUUUACCAACUAUCAAAUUGCAAAUUUAGACAAAAGCCACCAAAAUCCUCCCUAAAUUUAGAGCUCUUUUUCUAAGAAAAUAAAUAAAAAAUAACAAACAUGAAAACCAAAGACAGGAGAUAAAUGUUUGCUUUGUGGUGCAAAAGAAUAAAAACCAAAACCAUUCAUUAAAAGGUUCUUAAAGAGAAUUUGUUGCAUAACCCCACAAACACCUCCUUUUCCCUUCUCAAUAUAACACAUUCCUCAUUCACCUUCCUUUCCUUGACUUCCUAUAAGCAGCCUUGGGCCUAUCCAAGGUGGCGGCGCUCUGCAAUUUCCUCCCAAAAUGCAGGCCUCAGGCUGCUUCUUUUUCUUCUUCAUACUUAUCUUCGGUACUACUUUGUUUUCUUUCUCCUCUGCUCUCACUGAUGCUGAGGCGUCCUUUAUAGCUCGUCGACAGUUGCUGACUCUUAAAGAGGGCGGGGAUUUACCUGAUGACUUUGAAGAGACGAUUCAUUUGAUAGGUGUUACUUUUCCAAACGCUAGACUCAAACGUGCAUACAUUGCACUCCAAGCAUGGAAGAAUGCUAUCUAUUCUGAUCCACUGAAUGUUACGGGCAAUUGGGUUGGUGAAGAUGUUUGUUCGUACACUGGAGUGUUUUGUUCGCCGGCUUUGGAUGACCCGAGUGAGGAAGUGGUGGCUGGUAUUGAUCUCAACCAUGGUGACAUUGCUGGCUACCUUCCUGUGGAGCUUGGAUUGUUGACUGAAAUAGCUUUGUUUCACAUCAACUCAAACAGGUUCUGUGGUGUCAUUCCUGAGAGCUUCUCCAGGCUCACACUUCUUUUCGAGCUUGAUGUUAGCAACAACAGAUUUGUGGGUCCUUUCCCAAAGGUUGUUCUAUCCAUUCCAAACAUCAAGUACCUUGAUCUCAGGUACAAUGAUUUUGAGGGAGUUGUGCCUGGAGAUCUCUUUAAUAUGGACUUGGACGCUUUGUUCUUGAAUAAUAACCGGUUCACAUCUACCAUUCCUGAUACUCUGGGCAACUCUCCUGUUUCGGUUUUGGUCAUCGCCAAUAACCACUUCUAUGGAUGCAUUCCCAGUAGCAUUGGAAAUAUGGGGAACACUCUUAAUGAGAUUAUUGUGUCAAACAAUAAGCUUCAUGGGUGUUUGCCAACUGAGAUUGGUAACUUGGGAAAUCUCACAGUUUUCGAUAUUGGCUCCAAUUUCUUGAGUGGGAUUUUGCCUAAAAGCUUCAAGUCCCUCCAGAAGGUGGAACAAAUGAAUCUUUCACACAAUACACUAACUGGGUUUGUUCAAGAUAGCAUUUGUCAGUUGCCCAAUUUGGAGAGCUUGAAAUUCUCUUACAAUUACUUCAAUGGUGAGGACCAAAAAUGCAAUCCAACUAAGAAUAAAGGCAUUGUGUUGGAAGACAUAAGCAAUUGCUUGCCAGAUAGGCCAAAGCAGAAGACAGCAAAAGAAUGUCAACCGAUUGUGAGCAAGCCAAUAGAUUGCAGCAAGGCAAAGUGCGGUGGACUAUCUUCAUCAACGAACGAUCCAAAUAAACCAUUACCCGUCCCAAUUCAAAAGCCAACACCACAACCACCAAAACAGGCACCUCCAACGCCAAAAGAAUCACCAAAACCCACUCCAAAUCCUCCCAAACAAAACCCGAAAUCACCACCUGUGGAGGGGCCUUCACCUUCCAAGCCAGUUCCUAUCCCUCCACAAACACCCUUACCACCAUCUGAUCCCACAAAAAGAUCUCCAAUUGGCGUACCGAGAAGCCCACCGCCACAAUCUAUUUCCUCUCCUCCACCACCAAUUCGCUCACCAUCACCACCAUCACCUGAGCCCCAUAAUGGAUCACCUGUUAACAACCCCCAUUCACCACCACCACCACCAGUACACAACUCGUCUCCACCACCCCCUGAUCCCACUAGACGUUCACCAAUUGAUCCAAGUCGGCCACCACCCACACCAAUAGUUCAUUCUCCCCCACCUCCACCAGUUCAAUCCCCCCCACCUCCAGUGUACUCUCCACCACCACCUCCACCAGUUCAAUCCCCCCCACCUCCAGUGUAUUCCCCACCACCACCUCCACCAGUUCAAUCCCCCCCACCUCCGGUGUACUCUCCACCACCACCUCCACCAGUUCAAUCUCCCCCACCUCCAGUGUAUUCCCCACCACCACCUCCACCAGUGCAAUCUCCCCCACCUCCAGUUUACUCCCCACCACCACCUCCCCCGGUUCAAUCUCCCCCGCCUCCAGUGUACUCCCCACCACCACCUCCACCAGUUUAUUCCCCUCCCCCACCGGUACAAUCUCCACCUCCACCAGUCCAUUCACCACCACCACCGGUACAAUCUCCACCUCCACCAGUCCACUCACCACCACCACCACCAGUCCAUUCUCCACCUCCACCAGUUCAUUCACCACCACCACCACCAGUCCACUCUCCACCUCCACCAGUCCAUUCUCCACCUCCACCAGUCCAUUCACCACCACCACCAAUCCGCUCUCCACCUCCACCAGUACAUUCACCACCACCACCACCAGUCCACUCUCCACCACCCCGACAAGUUCCCUCACCACCUCCACCAAUUCAAUCUCCACCACCACCUUCCCCAUCUCCUUCAACUCCUCCUCAUCAUUCAACAUUCUCACCACCACCACCACCUCCAGAUGAGUUGAUUCUACCACCAACCUUUGGGUUCCAGUAUGCAUCCCCACCACCACCAAUCUUCCAAGGCUACUAAACGGCGCAGCAUAAUUAUUAAACAAAAAAUGUCUGUUUUGUUUUUAAUUUGCCUCUGUAUACAAAGUUUUACAAGCCUGCAACAUACACCCACUUUUGUUAGUUCAUAGUUUGUCACAUACAGAACAUGAAAGUGUAAAUCUACUCCAUCCUUUCAUGCAACAAAGCAAACGACACUAUCAUCCAGUAUAUUGUACUUCCAAAGUGUUCAUCUUUAUGCUGCCAUUUAUCUUUAUUAAUAUUUAUAUAUAAUUUCUUCUUAAUGUAAUAAGGAUCAUGAUUCAUAGGUAAUAAUUUUAGUA